UGUAGUAUGACAUGGUGUUUAGCUAUGUAUAUGCAUUUUUCUUCUCAUUUUGCAAAGAAAAAGAUUGCAGAAAGAGAACAUACUGGAAUUAUAAGACAUUUAAUUCUGUCAUUUUUGGAAGAACGGAAAUGUGAAGAAUAUAAUUUACUUUAGAACUUGAGUAGUACAUUCUAUUACAUUCAAAUGUGAUUCAUAUGUAGAAGUGGAAUAUAUAUUAAAUUUCUCUUUUAAUUUUCUCUAUCUGCAUCUUAAAACAGUUUAAUGAUCCCAGAAAUUCAAUACUAAAGAGGAUGGCACUGCAAGUGAUGUGCUAUCAUGUCUGGUAGCGUUCUUCACUUAGUUCAAACAAAAUUUUGGUCGUUCCUAAGACCAGUAACGCCAUAGAACAUUUAGGACAGUUCAGAUUCUUGAACAUCUCUAGUAGUACCUAGUAUGUCAAAAAUACAUUUCUAUUAUUCUUAAUGUAGCCUGGUCAAGGAAAUCUGUGUAAGUACUGUCAUGAUGAACAUACUACAGAGUGAUAGUUCUUUGUUUGAAGCUAUUUAGUACUGCUAAAACUGCAGCAUGUGAAGAUGGUGGCCAUGAAAUCAUAAUGCCUUUUUAAGGGUUUGAAACACUGUAAAUUAACAAAAUAAAAUCAUUGUCCUUUUAUUUUCCUGCCUCAUGCUCUAAAUUCCCUGUUUUGCCAUGUCUUUCAUCUUCUGCACCUCUCUCACUUUACAGCUUGGCAGAAUCAGGUGCGGAUUUGUGGACAUUUGUACCUGACAAUGAAAGGAGGAGGAAUCACUGUCCCCCGAGGUGUUUAUGUUAAAGUGUUAUAGUGCCCUGGUCUAGUUCACCUGGUGGUGGUCGGUCACUGGCUGGAUUCUAUGAUCUUUUCUAACCUAACUGAUUCUGUGGUAUCAGCUUGACAAAGGCCUUUCCAAAGUUUCUACAGCAUAAGAAACCAAGGCUUCCUGUAACUCUCAAAAUUUUCCACUGAAAACAGCUGUAAAGCACUAGAACAGGCUGCCCAGGGCAGUGGUGGAGUCACCACCCCUGGGAAUGUCGCACAAACGUGUGGAUUUGGUACUAGAGCAAGGUUCUGCGGUGAACAUGAGUCCUAAAGCACUUCUCCAACCCAAUCGACCCCACGACUGUAAGACACCUCAGCGCUUGGCCCAUCUCGGGCCGCGGUGCCUGCUGGGAAGUGUAGUCCGUGUAGGACCCUCCUGCGGCCACUUUCUCCGGCAAUGGACUACAUUUCCCAGCAGGCAUCGCGACCAGGGCGGGACGGAGGCGGCGGGCCGCGCUGGGCGGACCAAUGGGCGCGGGCGAUGCUGGGAGGUGGCGCCGGGGCGGGCGGGCCGCCUGUGGCCGCGGGCAGUGCGGGAAUUUCGGACCGGGAGGAAGGAGCGGCGCCGGGCCCACUCGCGCAGGAGGUACUUGGAGCCAGCGGCUGCCUCCGGGGGAAAAUGCCAAAUAAGAAAACAGCUGGAAAAAGAGCCCCUGCAAAAAGAAAACUUGCUGAAGUGUUUGGUCUGGGGGAGGUUCUAGCAGAUACAUCAAGAAAAGAAUGGAAAUUAGGUGUCCCUAUAGGGCAGGGAGGCUUUGGACGCCUAUACCUUGCUGAUGUUAAUUCUUCAAAGUCGGUUGGCAGUGACGCCCCGUAUGUUGCGAAAGUGGAACCCAGCCAGAAUGGACCUCUUUUUACUGAGUUAAAGUUCUACAUGCGAGCUGCUAAGCCAGAUGAAAUUCAGAAGUGGACUAAGUCCCAUAAACUGAAAUAUUUAGGUGUACCAAGAUAUUGGGGUUCUGGCUUGCAUGAAAGAAAUGGAAACAGCUAUCGAUUUAUGAUAAUGGACCGAUUUGGCAGAGAUCUUCAGAAGAUGUAUGAAGAGAAUGCAAAACAGUUUUCCCAUAAAACUGUACUACAAUUAGGCCUGAGAAUACUUGAUAUUCUGGAAUAUGUCCAUGAGCAUGAAUAUGUGCAUGGAGACAUCAAGGCCGCAAACCUCCUUCUGAGUUACAAGAACCCUAAUCAGGUGUACUUGGUGGAUUAUGGACUUGCCUACAGAUACUGUCCUGAAGGAGUUCACAAAGAGUAUAAAGAAGAUCCUAAAAGGUGCCAUGAUGGAACUAUUGAAUAUACCAGUAUUGAUGCACACAAGGGUGUGGCACCAUCAAGACGUGGUGAUCUGGAGAUCUUGGGUUACUGUAUGAUUCAUUGGCUUAGUGGCCAUCUACCUUGGGAAGAUAAUUUGAAAGAUCCAAAUUUUGUCAGAGACUCAAAAAUCAGAUGUAGAGAUAAUAUUUCCAUUUUGAUGGACAAAUGCUUUCCUGGGAAAAAUAAACCAGAUGAAAUAGCCAAGUAUAUGGAAAAGGUGAAGCUGCUCAGCUAUGAAGAGAAACCUGUUUAUCAGCAUUUCCGAGAUAUACUCCUGCAAGGUCUCAAGGCCAUUGGACAAAAAGAUGAUGGUGUGCUUGACUUUGGCUUGGCAGAAAAUGGAGACUUUCAAAGAAAUCCCGUGCAAAAGAAAAGAAGAAAGGCAGCAGCUGCAGCCAGUGAGAGCACUGAGGCAGAAAUGGAAGAUACAGGAAGUCCAAAAAAAAAGAAAGCUGCUACUUCUAAAGCAAUUGCUACCAGAACCCAGAAGACGACCUCACCAAAACCCAAGAAAAGCACAGCAACCAGAAAGAGAGUCCAGAAGUAGAGAAUAUAUGGAGCAACAAAUUAAGUUGCUCUGUGGCUCAUUGCUGGAAUUUUUUUUUCUGUAGCACUGAAAUCUUUUUCUUUCCUUUUUAAAUGAUGAAUCCUGUAAAAACAUGGACUGCUAUUUGUACCUGUUUUUGAAGAAUAAAUGUUUUAUUAAAAUAUUUGCAUAAUUUAUGUAUACUUAAAUACUAAUGCAAAAUUUUGCCAACUUUUGAAGUGGGGAUGCAUUUUUAUUUUUUAUAUACAUGAAUUCAUGUCUUAAAGGCAAUCUAAAGAGAGUGGUUUUUUUCUGCUUUGUAAUGUAGAGAUAAAGCCUUAUUUAAUAGUUUCAUUAUGGAUACUGUAUAAGAAACAGGAGUGUUGCAUCUGAUUUCUCACAGUUUUGAGUAAGGUCAUAUUGGUGGUUACUUCAAUGCACACAGAGAUGAAGUCUGAAAAACCAGAAAUAGGUUUUAAAGAUGUUUCAAGUGUUUGUUUGAAUUAAAAACAGAACAUAAGGCAAAAAUCAUGUCCUUCCAUUCUAGUUUGUAUAAAAUGCAUUUAAACAUUUUUUUGAAAAACAGGUACUGAAUUUUAGCCUUUUUUUUUUUUUUAUUGUAUUGUAUUGUAUUUGUGUUUGUAUCACUUUUCCAAUUAUCCACAGUUUCUCUGGAAAGAAAGAGACCAGCAUUUCAGACUAAGGGCCCAGGGCAAAGAAAGAACUUACCAAAAACCAAUGCCUAUUCUCAAUCAUCUCCUCGGGUUUUUAUUUUGGUUUUUUAUAUCGCUGAAAAGACUAGAAUAUAAUUGGGAGUAACUUUGUGCAGGAUUUAGUUCCAGUGAAAUAUUGUCUCCCAUCUACUUCUUACAGCAAUAAUGGUUUACCUUUGAGGAGCAUGUAAUCUUCCAAAUCCUUUUGUAAAAGUACUUCCGUGGUUAGCUUUGAAUCCUCUCUUCAGAGUUGUAAGUCAAAAAAUAGUGUUGAAUUCCAGUGUGAAACACUGCUACUUUUCAUAUAUCUACUGCAGCAUCCACAUAAUAUGGCAUGAACCUCAUUCUUAUCAGGGCAGCUGAAAGUUUGACAAACCAGAAGGAGUCCAUGUGAACCAGUGAGAGUGUAUCCGUAUGGAUGUCCAGCUUGCCUGAUUGUAUAAUGUCUGAGUAGCAGCUCAUGAGGUGAAAUAAAUACCUUGUAGCAUGAAAUGUUGAAUGAAUGAAUGAAUGAUGAGGUUAUGUUUUGUAACAAGAGAACCCAUUGUUUUGAAAUAAAACUGGAAUACCAUA